AUGCAACACCUCCUUCGGGAAAAUAAACAGCAAGCACCUGAAGGUGAUUUAAUUCAAUUGAUUUUGGCCAUCGAUGAACAAUGUCCAUGGUUCCCUGAGGACGGGACAUGGGAAAUUCCGGCCUGGGACAAAAUUGGAGACCACCUCCAUGGCCAUGGCCGCAUAAAUGUUCACGUCCUCAGUGCCUGGGCUAAAGUCCAUGGCUGCAUGGCAACUCUUACGCCCAAAAACAUCUUCUUGGCUUCGUCGCCACCAAAACAAAAAACAGUCCCGAAUAUGCCUUCCAUAUAUCCGGCCGCACCUCCUCUACCACCACCUUUUACUCCUCCACGACCGCCAGAUUCUCAGCCUUUACCGGCACCGUCCGCUCCAUCAGUUACUUCUCAACCGCCUCCGCCGACACCACUGGGGACCGCAAUAAAACAAGCAGCCCCCCUCUUAGGUUUUUCAUCCGGCACGGAGCUUUUUCCUGUCUUGGUGCCCGCCGGACCAGGGGGAGGGCCACCUCGUCAUGAACAAUUUGACUAUAGACUAAUUAAAGAGGUGCAUGACUCCGUCCAAAAAAACGGCGUCCAGGCUCCUUAUACGCUUGGCCUUUUAAAUACUAUCUUCCAACAACCCUGUCUCCCAGAAGACAUAAAAUUGUUGGCUAGGACCAUACUACCACCGUCAGGAGUUAUUGUAUUUAUGCAGGAAUGGCAGUUUCUAUGUCAACAGGAAGCCCCGAAUGUUGCCACGGCUUUAAACAAUGCAGCGGCAGCUGCAGCGGCCGCAGCCCCAGCACCUGCGGCAGGAGCAGCACCUCCGCCCCCUCCUCCAGUCCCUACUCCUCAGGACGUUCUGCAUGGCCUUAUUGGAACCGGCAAUUUUUUUACCAUCGCCCAACAGAUUGCCGCGGGCGCUGAAUAUUGGGAAGUUGCUACCCGCUGCGCCAAGAUAGCGUUUCAAAAGGUGCCUGACACGAAGGGUGACAGUACGUCCCGUUGGGGUACUGUUCGCCAGGGUCCGAGCGAGCCAUAUGCUGUUUUUAUUGACCACCUGUAUGACUCUUUAAGCGCCAAAUAG